UCCUGUUAUGUUUGCGGCUUUUAUUUUCACUAAUUUGAGUAAUUUAUAAAUUCAAAUUCUCAUUAUAGCAAUUGCUUAACAAUAACCAGAGAGAAGUGAGAGAACAAAAAGAAGUUUCUGACAAUAACUGAAUAGUGGCUAUCGCUAUACCAUUCCUCUUGCAGAGAUUCCUAAUAAAGGAAAAAUAAAUAUUUUAUUUUCUGUGGUCUGUAACAAAUUGAUCAUAAAAUAUGAUUUAUGAACAGUAAAAUCAAAUCAUAGUAUUUAUAUUUUACAUUUAGGUAGGCAAUGGCCAUACCACGAUGUAAAACACGAAAAUUCAUUUAGGUUAUUAGGUUAUGAAACCACAAACAAAUUAGUCCCACCAUUAGCUGAACGCAGCAUUAAUUUGUUACUUUUUAAUAAUAAUAAAGUAUGUCACAAGUGCGGAAGAGUAAAAAGCGUCCAUUCGCUGACAGAGUGAAUAAAUUUAUCGGCGAAUUCCCGGAUUUAUUUUAUAACGGUGCCAUAAUAAUUUGUAAAGUGUGCGAAAGAGACCUGAUGUGCUGGGACAAAAGGGACUGUAAACGUCACGUAAAUAGUGUGCAACAUAAGAAUAAAAAGAAUGGUGUGCCUUUGACAACACAGUUCAUGUUUGAUUUACAGUUAAUGUUCAUUGCCUGUAACAUUCCGUUGCAUAUACUCGAUAAACAACCAUUCCGGGAUUUCUGGAACAAAUACAAUCCUCAGCUGCCAUUACCAAGUCGCGCAGCGUUAUGCAAUUAUCUACCAACUGCACGUGAAGACAUUGUAGGCAAGAUCAAAUGUUUAUUAAAAAAUACAUGGCUGUGGUUAUGUGUAGACGAGACAACAGACUGUAAAAAAAAUUCCAUUGUGAAUGUAAUAGUACGUGUACUGGACUCUGUGAAACCGACAUUGCCACUGUUACUAGUUAGCAAAAGACUAAGUGAGUGUACUGGCGAAACAGUUACACGGGUGGUACUAGAGACGUUAGAAAAAUUUGAACUAUCAACAAGUCAAGUAUUAAUCUUUGUCACCGACGGUGCUGUGACAAUGGGUUUGGUCGGCCGUUCUCUUCAAGAACACGGAUGUCGUUUCGUACAUAUUACGUGUAAAGUUCAUGCUUUAAAUCUUGUGGCAGAAACUAUUUGUCAAGGUUUUCCAAAGGUAGACAAAUUAAUAGCAAAUACAAAAAAAGUCUUUCUAAAAUCUCCCAAACGCCUCCAGGUAUUUCGCAGCCAGUGCCCAGAUAUCCCCGAACCACCACAGCCAAUUCUUACAUGUUGGGGAACGUGGCUACAGGCAGCUCUUUAUUAUGCAAAAUACUUUCAACAAAUAAAAGCUGUAAUAGGACAGUUCAAUCCCAAGGAGACUGUGGCUAUUAAGGAGUGCCAGACGGCAUUCGAAAAUAGUGACAUUGAAAGUGAUUUACAAACUAUUCACAGUAACUAUAGCAGCUUACAUGACGCCAUCGGAAAAUUAAAAAACAGUGCGUUGUCUUUUGCAGACUCAGUGCAAAUACUGGACGAAGUAAAUCGCUUGCUGAACACUAUAGAUGAUGCCAAAAAUGAGUGCGUUAGGGAAAAGUUCGCGAGUGUGUUAGAGGAAGAUGCCGGUUUUACACGAUUAAGACAAAUUUGUGAUGGUACCGUUAGUGAAUGUUCAGAUCCGUUAUACGAGUUCAAAGACCACUUUAAGUACGCCUGUAUUACUUCGAUCGAUGUGGAAUGGUCGUUCUCAAAAUAUAAUCAUAUUUUUUCACCACAACGAACAUCACUCGCGGAAACGACAAUAGAAACUUACCUGAUGCUGCAAAGUUAUUACACAGCUUCUCCGGUUUGUUUUAAAACUGAGAACGAACCUAGUACAUCGAGCUAGAUAACAGGGUGAAUGGAGUCUAUCAUACCUUAUGGUUCACUUCGAAGUUGCUUAUUUUUUUAAACGCAGCCAUCAAUCCGUUCAUAUACGGAGUGAA